AUGUACUGUUUGUCCAGUACACUCGCGGCUUUGCUGCUACUUCUACCCUCAUUCAGCCUUGCAGAUGAUCUCAAGGUUGUGUCUAUGCCACUUGGGCGGGUCGCAAAGCGAUCAGGCAUUCAGAAACGCUCACCGCAGUCUGUGACUCUCGGCAAUGCGCAGAACGUUGGAUUGUACUACGUCAACGCUUCGAUCGGGACACCACCACAGCAAAUCUCGCUUCAGAUAGAUACCGGCAGUAGCGACGUCUGGUUCUUCUCCGCAGCCGCUGCGAAAGGUUGCAAGACGUGUGCGGGUGGCUCUUACGAUGCUACAAAGUCGUCAACAUAUGAGCUUCUCGCUCAAGGAGAGUUCUCUAUCUCUUACGUGACGCCUGGCUCCGGUGUGACGGGCGAUUACAUUUCCGACACCUUCACCAUUGGUGGGAUCACUCUGCGCAACCUCACCAUGGCUGCAGCACAGCAAGCCCAGAAUGUCGAGGUAGGCAUUAUGGGCAUUGGCUACGAUACGCAUGAAUCGCUUGUACCGAACGGUGGCCAGCCGUAUCCCAACAUCAUCGACGAGAUGGUCAGCCAGGGAAUCAUCAACACCCGCGCUUACAGUCUCUACUUGGACGACAUCGAGGAAAGCACAGGCGCCGUGCUUUUCGGAGGCUACGAUACCGCGAAGUACACCGGCAAUCUAACCGUCUUGGACCUGCAGGUCGAUGCGGAGAGCGGCACCAUCGACGAAUUCUCCGUAGUAUGGAGCCUGAUGGCUCUGACAGACUCCAGCGGAACAUACGUUCUGAGCGAUCCCACAAACUUUCCAACGGCCGCCGUCCUCGACUCUGGCACUACGCUCACGACGCUGCCACAAGAUCUCUUCAUUCAACUUGCAGAGUAUUUCGGCGUAAUUAACGAUCAAGAAUACGGCUACCUAGUGUAUUGCAACAUCUCGAAGAUUCCCGGCGCCAUCGACUACCAAUUCGGGGGCACCAACGGCCCGAUCAUUUCCGUCCCUUUCUCGGAGUUGGCCAUCCCUCUCGACAGUUCCAAUGGCAAACCUUUGACGUUCAAGAACGGUGCUCCAGCCUGCCAGUUUGGCUUCCAGCUCCUCCCCGAGGGCAGCCCGAUUCUGCUCGGUGACACCUUCCUGCGGUCCGCCUACGUCGUCUACGAUCUCGACGCAGGCCAAGUCGCCAUCGCCAACGCUUUCUACGACUCAACCACCUCCAACAUCAAGGCCAUUGGCGGCCCCGGUCAAGCGAGUAGUGUGCUUGCCGUGGGCGGCAGUUCAGCCCUCGGAGCAACCGUCACGCAGACAGCGACAGGUAAUGUGUACGCGCCGGGUGUGGGAGCAUCUACUGCUUCUGCCACCGCUACUGCGGCGUCGGGAGUCGCUUCGUCGGCCGGGGCAACGCAUCUCACUGCCGCGCAGACCAGUCUGAAUGUGCUGGGUGUGCAUGGCGUGACGGGGAGCACGUACGGUCCGACUGGUACGGCCGCUGCUUCGUCCAGCAAGGCUGCUGCUUCGCACGUCGCGCCCAAAGCUGUCUACGGCGGCUGGUAUGGUGUUGCCAUGGUUCUUGGCGCUAUGACCGCUGGAGCGAUGAUGAUCGUUCUUUAG